CCAGCUGCCUCCAUCAUGCCGCCUAAGUUCAACCCCAACGGGAUCAAAGUUGUGUACCUGAGGUGCACUGGUGGGGAAGUCGGUGCCACAUCUGCCCUGGCCCCCAAGAUCAGCCCCCUGGGUCUGUCUCCAGAAAAGGUUGGUGAUGACAUCACCAAGGCAACUGGUGACUGGAAGGGUCUGAGGAUUACAGUGAAACUGACCAUUCAGAAUAGACAGGCCCAGAUUGAGGUGGUACCUUCUGCCUCUGCCCUGAUCAUCAAAGCCCUCAAAGAACUGCCAAGAGACAGAAAGAAGCAGAAAAGCAUUAAGCACAGUGGAAACAUCACUUUUGAUGAAAUUGUCAACAUUGCCCGACAGAUGCGGCAUCGAUCUUUAGCUGGAGAACUCUCUGGAACCAUUAAAGAGAUCCUGGGGACCGCCCAGUCUGUGGGCUGCAAUGUUAAUGGCCGCCACCCUCACCACAUCAUAGAUGACAUCAACAGUGGUGCGGUGGAAUGCCCAGCUAGUUAA